AUGGAUGAAUCAAUUAAAUGUGUAGUCGUUGGUGACGGUGCUGUGGGAAAGACUUGUUUGUUGAUUUCAUUUGCAUCAAAUACAUUCCCAGAGGAUUACGUUCCAACUGUUUUCGAUAACUACAAUGCCAACGUCAAAUAUAAGGAAAUUAACGUCUCAUUGGGUUUGUGGGAUACAGCUGGUCAAGAAGAUUAUGACCGUUUGAGACCUCUUUCCUAUCCUGAUACUAACGUAUUCUUGGCUUGUUAUUCCAUUGUCAAUCCAAGUUCAUUGGAAAACAUUAAAAGCAAAUGGGUUCCAGAAGUUAGACAUCACUGUCCAGACACACCCAUCGUUCUCGUUGGUACAAAGAAAGAUCUCCGUGACGAUCCAGAAUUCAUCAAAAUUCUCGAAGAGAAGGAUCAAAAACCAAUUACCUUUAAGGAAGGAGAAUCCAUGAAACAAGAUGUUGGUGCUGCUGAUUUUGGAGAAUGUUCUGCAAGAACUCAAGAUGGAUUGCGUGAUAUUUUCAACAAGUGUAUUGCUGUUGUUUUGGAACCACCACAAGAAGAAAAGAAGGGUGGAAAGAAACAAAGCUCUGGAAGUGGUAAAUGUAUGGUUUUGUAA